AUGUUGUCAAAAACAAUGAGAUAUUAUGGCCAACGUAGUUUAUCAACUGAUGUUUCGGCUUAUGCUCGAAUUUUGGAAGGAUUUCGUGGAAGUAUUGGAAAUACACCUUUAAUACGUUUACCAAAAUUGAGUCAAGAAACUGGUUGUAAUAUUCUUGUUAAAGCUGAAUAUCUUAAUCCAGGUGGUUCAAUUAAAGAUCGUGCUGCUUUAUUUUUAAUUAAAGAUGCUCUUGAUAAAAAUUUAAUUAAAUCUGGUGCUACUAUUGUUGAAGGUACAGCUGGUAAUACAGGUAUUGGAUUAGCUCAUAUUUGUAAUGCAUUGGGUUUUAAAUGUGUUAUUUUUAUGCCUGAUAAUCAAUCAAAAGAAAAAAUUGAUAUAUUACGUGUAUUAGGUGCUGAAGUAACAACAGUUCCUGUUGUUCCAAUUACUGAUCCAAAUAAUUAUAAUCAUCAUGCUAAACGUUAUGCUGAACAACAUGAAAAUUCAGUAUGGACAAAUCAAUUUGAUAAUCGUGCUAAUCGAGAUGGUCAUUAUUCUACAACAGGACCUGAAGUUUGGACACAGACAAAUGGUAAAGUAAAUGCUUUUGUAAUGAGUACAGGUACUGGUGGAACUUUAGCUGGCACUUGUAUGUAUUUGAAAGAAAAAAAUAGUAAAAUUAGAACUGUACUUGCUGAUCCACCUGGUAGUGUUCUAUAUCAUUAUAUCAAAUCGGGUAAACUCGAACGAACUGAUGGUUCAUCAAUAACUGAAGGUAUUGGACAAGGUCGUCUAACACAAAAUUUAAAAGAUGCACCUAUUGAUGAAUCAUUAUUUAUCAAAGAUCAAGAUUCAGUUAAUAUGGUUUUUAAACUUUUAUGUGAAGAAGGAUUUUUUAUUGGUGCUUCAUCAGGUUUAAAUGUAGCUGCAGCUGUUGAAAUAAGUAAAUCAAUGCCUAAAGGUUCAACAAUUGUUACAACUAUUUGUGAUAAUGGACAGAAAUAUUUCAAUCGAUUAUUCAACAAAAAUGAAUUAUCAAAACGAGGUCUUCUCGAUCAACUACCCGAACAAUAUCAUAAAAAUAUUUUUUAG